UUUCAUUUCCAGACAAGGCCCUCCCAGAGAGCUUAUAAGUCCAACUCUCAAACAACAAAUCAGUUGAAGAGCAUUCCAGUGCAUUCAGCUAAAGAUGGAUACAUGUACAAUACUUGCAAUUGUGGGUACAGGUGCAGGAGCAGUUACAGCAGUUGCUGCAGCUCCUCUUGUUUUAGGGGCUGUUGGUUUCACUGCAGCAGGAGUUACUGCAAGUUCUUAUGCCGCCUCUAUGAUGUCAGCUGCAGCUGUUGCUAAUGGUGGAGGGGUCGCAGCCGGAUCUGUGGUAGCAGCUCUUCAAGCAGCAGGUGCUGCUGGAAUCCCUGCCGCAGCUAAUGCUGUUAUAGGGACUGCAGGGGGCGCUGCAGGUGCAGCUUUGAGUUACUUUUGGAGUUAAUCAGUCACAGGUGCUCUACUGAUAUCUCUGUCAUUUGAAAUCAUCAUAUGCUAUGGAGGUUGCGGUGGAGACAAUUGCUGACAUUGUUGUCAGCAAUUAGACUUUCCUAUCUGUCCUGCAAUGCCUGUUUAUAUAUACAUAAAGCUUUUCAUGAUCUCACUAUUACUGUAUUUCAACAUUUCUGGUCAAUAUUGUCAAUAUAGGUAUAUGAACUCGGACCAUUAUAAUGAUUAUAAUGAUUAAUAAUACAUUGUAUUAUAAAUUAGUAAUGGCAUUGUUCAUGUUCUGUAUUUUCUAUUUUGAUCAUUUGUUCUAACACAUUACUAAGCAAUCAGUCUCCAAAUAUAUCAAAUGAGAGCACAGCAGGCAACUUUCAGCUGCAGCCAUGUUAGAAUCAAAACAAGGAAUCAGAAAUGAAUGCAGUUUUUAAAUUGCAUAAUAAUAAUAAACUUUAAUAUAACAUA